AGGCUCCAGGGUUAGCCAUCAGUGUUUCUCCCCAGCUGCCGGGGCUUCCCGGGUGUCCUCUGUGCCUUGGGCAAGACUCCAAGGACCCUACUCAGUAAGCACUUAGCUUCGGAAGGAGAGGUGACUUGAAGGGCCUGGCUGUUGCCACAAUGCUAGGCGCUUUGCCCACCCAGGUGCAGACCUGAAAGGAAAGGUCUAUCACUUUCCGACCCAAACUGUUCACCUACGGUGGAAAAGACCAGGCAGCCAAAUGGAGAUGCCGCCAAUCGGUCCAGCGGGAGAAGACACCACUCAACUGCAGCAACAAUGGGAAAAGAACCCCCAGGAGAACCUUGAUUCAACUGCUCGGAUUAGGCAGCAGCCCGGAGAUCCGCCAACUGAAAUCCUUGAGCUGAGAGUGAGCCCAGAUCCAGAUGGCCAAUUUAUUGAGAAUCCUCCAGGGACCGAAAAACUGGCCGCUGGACUUCAAGGAGACUCUGAUAAGUCUCAUGGAGCAUCCAGUGAGAUCCCAGAGCCCCUCCAAGCUUCUGAUCUGUGGUACUGCCCUGAUGGGAGCUUUGUCAAGAAGAUCAUAGUCCGUGGCCACGGCUUGGACAAACCCAAGCUGGGCUCCCGCUGCCGAGUCCUGGCUUUUGGGUUUCCUUUUGGGUCAGGGCUGCCAGACGGCUGGACAGAGCUAACUAUGGGGUUAGGCCCGUGGAGGGAGGAAACCUGGGGGGAGCUCAUAGAGAAAUGUUUGGAGUCCAUGUGUCAAGAGGAGGAAGCAGAGCUUCAGCUCCCCGGGCACUCUGGACCUCCUGCCAGGCUCUCACUGGCCUCCUUCACUCAGGGUCGAGACUCUUGGGAACUGGAGGCCAGUGAGAAGGAGGCCCUGGCCAGGGAAGAACGUAAAAGGGGCACAGAAUUAUUUCGAACUGGGAACACCGAAGGGGCUGCCCGAUGCUAUGGACGGGCUCUUCGGUUGCUGCUGACUUUACCCCCACCUGGCACUCCAGACCGAACUGUCCUUCAUGCUAACCUGGCUGCCUGUCAGUUGUUGUUAGGGCAGCCCCAGCUGGCAGCCCAGAGCUGUGACCGAGUGCUAGAACGGGAACCAGGCCACUUAAAGGCCUUGUACCGAAGGGGGGUUGCCCAGGCUGCCCUUGGGAACCUGGAAAAAGCAACUGCUGACCUCAAGAAGGUGCUGGCAGUAGACCCAAAAAACCGAGCGGCCCAAGAGGAGCUGGGAAAGGUGAUCAUUCAGGGGAAGAAACAAGAUGCAAGGCUGGCUAAGGGUCUGUGCAAGAUGUUUCGCUGAUUAAAAGUUAAACCUUAAGCGA